AUCGUCCUCGCGAGAUUUGUCCACAGGCAGAGCGAGGCCGAGGGUUGACGUCCCGGGCUUCUCAGGAACCAGUGUCCUAAGGACUUGUGUGUGAGGUCCGCGAGAGCAGGGGCUCUGGAGCCAGGCUGCCACCCUUCCCGAGCUCAUCACCCAGGCUGUGACCUCUGUCGGGCAAGACCUAGGUCUUAGUUGUCUAACCUGUUUUCAGGGAGAUGACCCAGAAGCAGUUUUGAGGAUCAGGUGCCAGGCGGGCGCACAGUAAGUCAGCAGCAGAGCUGACACCCAGGUACCCUGUGCUCUCGGGCACCUCCUUUGUGCUCCUUGUCAGUUUGGACGUCCCUUUGGCAGCUGCCUCUACCCAUCUGAGCAAAGGCCCCUAAUGUGGGGCCUCUGAAUCCCAUGGGUUUGAGACUUGGUCUCUUAACAUGGUUCUCCAGGGAUGAGAGAGACGUUUACGCAGGUGGCGAGGAUCUCGAUGGGUGGCCUCCUGCCCGGCCCAGCACCAUGCACACCCUUGUGUUCCUGAGCACACGGCAGGUGCUCCAGUGCCAGUCAGCUGCCUGCCAGGCCUUGCCCCUGCUGCCACGAGAGCUCUUCCCCUUGCUCUUCAAAGUGGCCUUCAUGGACAAGAAGACCGUUGUGCUGCGCGAGCUGGUGCACACGUGGCCCUUUCCACUGCUUAGCUUCCAGCAGCUGCUGCAGGAGUGUGCCCACUGCAGCCGGGCCCUGCUGCAGGAGCGGCCUAGCACAGAGAGCAUGCAAGCCGUGAUCCUGGGGCUGACUGCCCGGCUCCACACCCCGGAGACUGAGGCUGGCACACAGCCCCUCUGCAGGAAGCACGCGCUGCGGGUGCUGGACAUGACGGGCCUCCUGGAUGACGGCGUGGAGCAGGACCCGGGCACCAUGAGCAUGUGGGACUGCACGGCAGCUGUGGCCCGCACGUGCAUCGCACAGCAGCAGGGCAGGACUGCAGAGCCCGGCCUGGCCCCCGUUCCUGUGGAGGUGCGUGUGGACCUGCGGGUGAACCGGGCCUCUUACGCGUUCUUGCGGGAGGCACUCCGUAGCAGCGCGGGCAGUCCACUGCGGCUCUGCUGCCGGGACCUGCGGGCUGAGGACCUGCCCAUGCGCAAUACCGUGGCCCUGCUGCAGCUUCUGGAUGCGGGCUGCCUGCGCCGCGUGGACCUGCGCUUCAACAACUUGGGCCUGCGAGGCCUGUCCGUCAUCAUCCCACACGUGGCCCGCUUCCAGCACCUGGCCAGCCUGCGGUUACACUAUGUGCACGGGGACUCUCGGCAGCCCUCUGUGGACGGCGAGGACAACUUCCGUUACUUCCUGGCCCAGAUGGGCCGCUUCACCUGUUUGCGGGAGCUCAGCAUGGGCUCCUCUCUUCUCUCGGGGCGGCUGGACCAGCUGCUCAGCACCCUGCAGAGCCCCCUGGAGAGCCUGGAGCUGGCCUUCUGCGCCUUGCUGCCUGAGGACCUGCGUUUCCUGGCACGGAGCCCCCAUGCUGUCCACCUCAAGAAGCUGGACCUGAGUGGCAACGACCUGUCCGGCAGCCAGCUGGAGCCCUUCCAGGGUCUGCUGCAGGCAGCGGCAGCCACGCUGCUGCACCUCGAGCUGACCGAGUGCCAGCUUGCCGAUACCCAACUGCUGGCCACACUUCCUGUGCUGACUCGUUGUGCCAGCCUCCGCUACCUCGGCCUCUACGGCAACCCGCUGUCUAUGGCGGGCCUCAAGGAGCUCCUGAGGGACUCGGUGGCACAGGCCGAGCUGCGCACGGUGGUGCACCCUUUCCCCGUGGACUGCUAUGAGGGCCUGCCCUGGCCACCGCCUGCCUCUGUCCUGCUGGAAGCCUCCAUCAAUGAGGAGAAGUUUGCCCGCGUGGAGGCUGAGUUGCACCAGUUGCUACUGGCCUCAGGCCGUGCCCACGUGCUCUGGACCACAGACAUCUAUGGGCGCCUGGCUGCAGACUACUUUAGCCUGUGAUCUCCAGGCUCUGGGGGUCCGCAGGUGCUUCCGCCCCGCCCGACGCCCAGGAACCCCAUAUACGGCUCGCAACACGGCGCAGCUUCCACCCUUUACUGAUCGCGCUGGAGCAUGCGCAGGGCGAGCCGAGCCGGCCAAUCUGCGGGGCCCGCGUCAUCAGCGCGCGUCCGCCCCGCCGCCCCCUCAGCAACGGAUCUCGUAGGCGGCAGGCGGCUGCAGCGGGAGACCUUGUGCAACUCCGGGCGCUGCGCCCUCGGCCGCCUCCGCCGGGCCCUCGGCGAAGAGCGGCUUGGAGCGGUCGAUGACGAACAUCUCGUGGCCCCGCUCGUCGCGGAGCUCCUCGAGCUGCGCGAAGGUGCAGGGCCCGUCCGAGUAAUCGUUGACGAAGAGCGCGCCCUCCCCGGGAGGCCCUGGUGCCUUUUUGCGCCUGCGCCGCCUGCGGCAAAUCAUGGUCGCCAGCAGCAGCGCCGUGAGCGCCAGGAGCGCGAUGGCCGUCGCGAUGGCCGUCUGCGUGGCCAGGCCCAGGGCGCGAAAAGCCAUGCCGCCCACCUCGGGCAGGUGCUCGUGGCUGACUGGGUCGCCGGCCCGGGGCGGCGCAGGCGCCAGCAGCAGCUGCUGGGACAGGUUGACCAGAAGCUGGAAGGGCAAGCGGGCGGCGCCGCCGGCGUUGGAGGCCUCGCACUCGUAUUUGCCAGCGUGGGCCAGGGUGAUGUUGGUGAGGAAGAGCAUGCCGCUGCCCGUGUCGGAUGCCCCGGGCCCACCUGGGCCCGGCACCCCGCCUCCAGGUUGGGCCUGGGCCUGCGGCGGCCCCUCGCGAGGCUGCGCCACUUUUCUCCAGGUCACCAGGGGCUGCGGGUAGCCGGAAGCCUGGCAGGCAAUCCGCAGGUCCUCACCCAGGUUGGCUGUCACCUCCAGCGGCUCCACGUGCACAGAGGGUGGGAUGCAGAUGAGGCUACUGCCAGAUACUUCCAGGAGACUCUGAAGUGCCAGGCGGGGGGGCUCUGCACACGUGAUUUUCUUGUCUCUGGAGCUGAGCAGUCGCUGGCCCCCUUCCUUGAUCCAGGUUCCCAGCCAGUGCAAGGCGCAAUCACAGCGCCAUGGGUUCUCUGUGGGCAGAGCAGCAGCGGACAGGUAGCUAGCUCAGGGGCGGCCCCAGAGCACAGCGUGUGUGGUUGAGGUUGUUGGCCAGAGCAGGAGCCCCUUUCUCACCUCCCACAGUUGGGGACCCCUGCCACCCCUUCUCUGGCCCCAGUCUCCUUAAGUGUGGGCAGCCAACCCCGCCCCCAUCUCCUUUCUGUGAUGCACGUCCAGUUUACUUCACUCAUCUCUGAGCAAGCCCCCGCUCCUCUGAUGUCUCUGCCUGUGACAAGUCUUGCUAUCUGGGGGGAACCUCUGUGGGCACAUAGAUAUCCCACCUGCACUAAAACUUUGCACAUCCUGCCAGCCUUGUCUUCGGGUGCUGUCUCCAGGAAAUGUCCCCAGUCCUGGUCUCAUCUUCCCAGUUUUUUCCUGCCUGCCCUCUCCUGGCCCUAAAGUGUGUGAGCCGCUCAGCUGUGUCCAGUUUGUUCAGGGACUCAUACUUUUUCUGUCUUCCUUAGGCAACAGUAACCCGGCCAGCACCCCUACUCCUAGCAGUCUUCUGUCAUGGCUAUGGGUGGUGGUGGGACCCCCCAGAGCACUGCCACUGGAGCCCCCUCCACAGCUGGGCCGGCUACCUACCGCCACCACUGUGGUCAAGGAAGCUACCUUUGCAUGGGAGUCCCUUGCCCCCAGAAAGAGGUACCUGUGAGGCGCAGGACCUGCAGGCUGGCCAGGGGCUGUAGGGCCUCCUGGCUGAUGGUGCCCAGCUGGUUCCUGCUGAGGUCCAGCAGUGCCAGCGAGGAGAGCCCGGCCAGGGCCUGGUCCUCCAGCAGCUCGAUGCUGUUUUCCUGCAGGUGCAGCUCCUGCAGUCGCUGAAGCAGGGACAAUAGGUCAUCAGGGAAAGGGGCCCUGAGGGACAUGUCCCCUUCUUACCAGGCUAGACUGGGCUGCCUUUUCUCCCCUUCACUACUCCAGCCCGGUAAGGCAGGUGGCAGUGCGGGAGGACCUCUUGCCCGUCUUGCCCACUCCUCCCCCCUCACCUGCAAGUGUAGGAAGGUGAAAUCCAGCAGCUGUACCAGCUGGUUGCCAGCUAGGUAGAGCACGCGCAGUUGGGCCAGGCCGGCAAAAGCGCCAACGCGCAAGCCGCGCAGCUGGUUGCCGGUGAGCGCCAGCUCCAGCAGGCGCGACUGCGCACGGAAGGCGCCUGGCUCCAGGGCGCGCAGGCUGUUGUUGUGCAGGUAGAGUCGACGCAGGGAGGCGAGGGGUGCCAGGGUGCCCGGCUCCAGGCGCGCGAUGCUGUUGUCCUGCAGGAACAGCGUCUGUGCCAGGAGGAGGGAGGGAGGGCGUUUACCCCGCUGAGGGGGUCUCUCU